AUGUGUUUCCUAGGUAAAAGGAAAUAUUGUACACCAGCGGAGACUACCACAGAAAUACCUCCCACAAUUUUAACACCAACAUUACCACCAAUUCCAACGACACCCACAGAAACGGAACCGCCACCGCCACCGCCACCACCACCACCACCUCCAGUAAUAACAACAACUACGGUUAAACCCUUACCGCCGAUUUUAACAACACCAAAGCCAACGCCUAAACCACAGAUAACAACUACUCCUAAACCAAAACCAGAUAUACCUGAUUUGCCUAUUUUACCAACAAUACCACCUAUUCCUACACUUACAACUUCUCCUCUAACACCAACUAUUCCCACAACAACAGAUUUCCCUUGGCCAGAUAUUCCAACAAGUGAGUGGCCCGAUAUUCCUGGGACUUGGGAUCCAAAUUUCCCAACAUUUCCAACAAUGGAAACCCCCGAACUUCCCACUUUUACUACUGAUACUGAUUUAACAACUACAGAUACAGAAUUACCCAUUACAACAUUUGAUGAAAAUGCUGACGGUGGAAGAACUUAUGGUCUUUACAAUAUCACAAAUGGCCGAGCGCUGCUAUACUCUCAUAAUCAUAAACCAAGUAAACAAUAA